GGUCAACCCUCUGCUGCUCCAUCACUUCAGCACCGACACAAGCGACGAUGCAUCGAGGCCAGAUCCACCUGCGCUACCUUUUAAUAUGGCUGCCUUUUGCUUAUUGUACUACUACGGAUUUGCCCAUGUGCAAAGAGUCAGAUUAUCACUUUGAGUACACAGAGUGUGACGCGCUCCAGGCUCGAUGGAGAGUGGCGGUUCCCAACAAAGCCGACAUUUGCACAGGCCUCCCAGAUCCAGUUAAAGGCACUCAGUGCACCUUCUCCUGUAGUGAGGGGGAGUUCCUUGACAUGCAGUCACAGCAGUGUAAGAAGUGCGCUCCAGGCACCUUUUCUCUGGGCACCGGUGUGGCCUUUGAUGAGUGGGACAGCCUGCCGUCUGGAUUUGUAACCCACGGGGUGACCACAAACAGCGGGGAUGCCAAAACAGACUGUUCCAACUCGACCUGGAUAACGAAGGGUGAUUAUGUCGCCUCGAACACAGAUGAGUGCACUGCAACACUGUCCUAUGCUGUGAGCCUGAAGAAACCUGGAACUGUGACCUUUGAAUAUUUCUACCCUGACAACAGCAUUUACUUUGAGUUCUUUAUCCAGAAUGACCAGUGUCAGUCUACGGCCUCUGAGAGUCGCUGGAUGAAGAUCUCUGACAGCGACUUUAGCAAAUACACGGUUGAGCUUAACAGCGGCAACAACGUGCUGUAUUGGAGAAGCACUGCGUAUGCUCUGCAGGGUGCUGUCAAACCCGUGCAGUUAAGAAACAUCGCCAUCUCAGGGGUGGCCUACACAUCAGAGUGUUUCCAUUGUAAACCCGGCACCCACAGUGCCAAAGCAGGAUCUGCCCGCUGCGCCGCCUGCCCUGCUGGAAGCUUCUCCAACAAGGGUGCCACCGUUUGCCACCAGUGUGAACAAGACAAAUAUGCAGAGCCUGGUUCAGGGAGCUGCAAACCGAGACCUGCGUGUACAAACAGUGACUACUUCUACACCCACACUCCCUGUGACUCUGAAGGAAAGACUCAGCUCAUGUACAAGUGGAUCGAGCCAAAGAUCUGCAAUGAAACUUUUGAUGGAGCGGUUGAUCUGCCCGCAUCAGGGGAGAAGCAAACCUGUCCUCCAUGUAACCCGGGUUUCUUUGUCACCAACUCCUCUACCUGUGAACCCUGCGACAAGGGUUUCUACUCAAACGGCGCAGCAUGCACUGAAUGCCCUGUUGGCACGGAGCCAGUGGAGGGUCUCGAGUACAAAUGGUGGAACACGAUGCCGAGCCACAUGAAAAGCUCCAUCUUCAAUCGAGAGUUCAGCGGCUCUGAAAAAAACACGGCAUGGGAGGUGGCUGGUGAGUACGUCUACACCACCCCCGGGGAUCAGGACUCAGACUACCUGACGCUCAUGCUGAAUGUCCCUGGAUACAGGCUGCCUCCGUCCAUGACCAAAGACAGUGAAAGGAGUGAACUUUCUCGCAUCACAUUCGUCUUUGAGACCAGGUGUACAGCGGACUGCAAAUUCUACUUCCUGGUGGGAUACUCCAGGUGGAAUAAUGAAGUAGUGGAGCAGUGGAAAGGCAGUAACGGCAAACAGUCGUACUCCUACCUGAUCCAGAACAACAGCACCACCAGUUUCACCUGGACAUUUCAACGAACAGAGGAACUCAACGAGGAGAGGAAAUACAGCUCUGAUUCUGCGAAGAUCUUCUCCAUCCACAUCACCAAUGUGAUCGGGGGUGUGGCCUCUCAGUGCCGCCGCUGUGCGCUGAGCACCGCUGACGCCGGCUCCGCCUGUGUCCCCUGCCCACCCGGACACUACAUGGUGAGCGGGACAGGAGUGUGUAAGAGCUGCCCGCCGAACACCUUCAUCAGGACCGAUCACCCUGUUGGAGAGGCCGCUUGCAUUCAGUGUGGCCCAAACACACAGAGAAACAAGGCCCACACAGCUUGUCUCAGUGACUGCACACUGGACGUGAAGACAGGAGGGGGCGUUCUGCUGCACUAUGACUUCUCUCCGCUGUCCAACGUCACUGCCUUCCACAGCAGCCCCCGCUUCACCAGCAAAGGCCUCCGAUAUUUCCACAGCUUCAAUUUGGCUCUGUGUGGAAAAGAGGGCAGAGUGCCGGCUACCUGUGUGGACAAUGUGACAGAGAGCGGGAGAGAGGUCAAAGGUUACAUCUGUCAAUCCACUGUGGUUCCCUCGGAAAUCAGGAGUCAGAGCGUGGUGUCCACCCAGCCUUUCAUCAUUGGUGACUCACUCAUCGGUGUGACCACCAAGACCACAGUGAGCAGAAUUUCAUCUUCAAAAUGGCUGUUUCCCUCUGCGUCCGGUCUACAUGACGUCAUCUUCUAUUACAAGUCCAGUGAGACAACUCAGGCUUGUAAAGAAGGCAGGUCAGCCACCAUCAGACUGAGAUGCAAUCCCACAGUGACGGCUGAAGACCACAUCAUGCUGCCGAGUAACUGUUCAGAGGGGACGUGUGAUGGUUGUUCUUUCAACCUCCUGUGGGAGAGCCAGCAUGCAUGUCCACUCUGCACCAAGGAACACUACAGAGAGAUCGUCAGUGCUUGCACCCAGGGAAUACAGAGAACCACCUAUGUGUGGCAGCAACCGUUGCAGUGUUACGGCGGAGAGUCACUGCCAGCUCAAAAAGUCAGUGCUUGUGUGUCUCUGGACUUCUGGCUCAAGUUUGGUGUUUCCACGGGAACGAUCGCCGCUGUGCUGCUCAUCUCUAUCAGCUGCUAUUUCUGGAAGAAGACACGCAAGUUGCAGUUUAAGUAUUCAAAGCUGAUGAUGAGCUCCGGGGGUAACGAGUGUGAGCUGCCCACUGCAGACAGCUGUGCAAUAAUGGAGGGAGAUGAUGCAGAAGACGACCUCAUGGACCUCACCAAGAAAUCCUUCUUCACUAAAAUUAGGUCCUUCUCACGAGAGAGGACUUCAGAUGGAUUUGACUCCGUGCCACUUAAAUCAUCUUCACGCUAUCUAAGAGACGAUGAAGACUCUGAUGAGGCUUAAUCCAGAGGAAGAACAGAUACUUCAGAUUGUUAAGGAAGUGUUAAACGUAAGAUAAAAUCUUCAACAGACGAAGUCACAGAAAAAUAAUGAUGUGCUUUUGAAACCGUUUUAUUUAUUACAAACAACAUAGCCUUACUGAAGGAGUUUUAAAGAGCAACACUUUUAUUUAGUAUUAUUUGCCAUAUGUUGGGUUGCCAAAUCUCAUAUUGCAGUACAAAGUCUCCAUAUUGGGGAUAUUCAGUUUCAAAGCCCAAUUUUCUAUUUUAAAAUGAUAUAAGAACCAAACUGUGGAUGAUGUUAAAACUGUUGUUGAUGUGUAAGAGUGUACAUUUUACAUAACUGUGAGUGUGAAUUUAUUUUGUUUCUAUUUUAUAAUUUUUUUUUAUAAGACGAGCCAUCCAGUUGAGUCUUUAAAUGUUUUUAUGGCAAUAUACAAAUUAAAUUCGCUUUUGAUAUCAUUUUCUGCUAAACCUAAGGUUAUGAUUUAAUCUUGCUUUAAUGUGAAGUGAAGCUAUUUCUACAAUAAAAACUGCUGUUAUUACUUUGUA